UGUUCAAAGCUUUUAACUAUAACGAUUAGUACCAAAAAACUAGUUCUUCCAAGCUCUGAGAUUAUACUGCAACAGCUCUUUGUAGCAUCGUGUCACAUAUUGUGAACCCUACAAGUGCAAAGGGUGGCAAAUAAAUCUACAAGAUUGAGAAUUGCCCAAGUUGGUGGCCGAAUGAUGUGCUGUUUUCUCCUGUGUUAGUGCCCAAGGCCGGCUGUCACAUGGUAUCACUGCUGUACACCGAAGAAAGAUUUUGAUUACCUCCAGUUGAUCAGCAAAACUCUGCCUCGGCAGUUGAAACUGACCAACCAGAAGACCCUGCAGUUGGUACAAAGAGAGCCAGGAUGAUGUCAGGUUCAAAGAUAGUUCUUCCAAGCUCUGAUAUUGAGGAGUAUACUGGAAACAUUCUUGUGAACACAGCUUCACGUAUUUCGAAACCUAAAGGUUGGAGUGGCGGCAGGAACGCCUAUACGAGUGAUAAUCGUCCAAGUUGGUGGCCAAAAGAUGUGGUGUUUUGCUGUUUGAAAGGGCCCAAGGCUGUCGCGAAUGAUAUCACUAGUGUACACCGGAGAAAGGUAUUGGCAGCUUUCUUGGAGAAAUGUCCUGAGCAGUACACAAUAUCACCUCCAGUUGAUCAGCAAAACUCUGCCUCGACAGUUGAAACUGACAAACCAAAAGACCCUGCAGUUGGUACAAAGAGAGCCAGGAUGGGCCCAAAGAUAGUUCUUCCAAGCUCUAAUGUUGAGGAAUAUACUGGAAACAUUCUUCAGAGCACAGUUUCAAGUAUUGUGAAGCCUAAAGGUCGGAGUGGCGGUAGGAACGCCUAUAUGAGUGAUACUCGUCCAAGUUGGUGGCCAAAAGAUGUGGUGUUUUCCUGUUUGAAAGGGCCCACGGCUACCAUGAAUGGUAUCACUACAGUACACCGGAGAAAGGUAUUGGCAGCUUUCUUGGAGAAAUGUCCUGAACAGUACACAAUAUCACCUCCAGUUGAUCAGCAAAACUCUACCGUGGCAGUUGAAACUAACCGACCAGAAUACCCUGCAGUUAGUACAAAGAGAGGCAGGAUGAUGCCAGGCUCAAAGAUAGUUCUUCCAAGCUCUGAUGUUGAUGAAUAUGCUGGAAACAUUCUUCAGAGCUUAGUAUCACAUAUUGCAACCUCUAAAGGUUGUAAGGGCAAAAACAUCUACACAAGUGACAAUUGCCCAAAUUGGUGGCCAAAAGAUGUGGCGUUUGCUUCUAUGACAGGGUACAGAGCUACUGGUAUUGUCACUGCUGUACACCGGAGAAAGGUAUUGGCAGCUUUCCUGGAGAAAUGUCCUGAGCAGUACACAAUAUCACCCGGGGUGCGGCUACUCAAUCCCCCCUCUUCCCGACUUGCUCGUGUUAAGCAACCAGUAAGAGAAGUCAGCCCACAAAGUUCCUCUGAAAGUUCCUCUGAAAGUUUCUCUGAAAGUGAUCAAGAAGAGCCUGUAGGAAUGAACCAAACACCACCUACUGGAGCUUAUCGUACCCGAUCAGUUGGAGCCGCCACAAUCAGCACUGCUGCACAACAUGCAAGCCCAAAGCUUAUCCUACCCAGCUUGUGUGCAAAUGACUAUUAUCAACCUGCUCUCAUUUCGCUACUUCAAAAUAUUUUAAAUCCCCAACGGCGACACUUCAUAUACUCCAGUGCUAAUUGUCCCAGCUGGUGGCCGACUGAUAUACCAUUCAUUAGGGCGGAAGAUAUGAAAGCUAAAGACAGGACAAAAGUACUGACAGCUUUCCUGGAGAAAUGUCCUGACCAGUACGCAAUAUCACCUCCAGUUGAUCAGCAAAACUCUGCCUCGAUAGUUGAAACUGACCAACCAGAUGACACCAUCGUUGAUGUACAAAUGAAUGUAAAUGAAUCUGAUGCUGAAUCUGAUGCUAGCAUACCAAGUGACCCCGAAGAUCUGGUGAAUAGUCUAGAGCAGCAUCUUCUGGAUUCUAGGAAAAGAAGGCUCGAGGCUGAGAGGAAAGUUAAGGAGCUGACAGAAGAAGUCAAACGUCUCAGAGAAGAAAGGAAGUAUAUAGGUUCUAUUGUGAAACGAUCACGACUCCAUCACUAGCACUAGUGUUUAGUCCCUCAUACCUAACUGUCCAUUUAUUUUGUAAAAUCAAAAAUCACAUUUUGGUCACCUUCCUGGUCAUUCAUCCACGGUGGAUUAAGUUUUCUUCACAUUUCUUUAUCUAAAAUAGUUUGUUGUAUUCUCCAGCAUUUCUUAGCUUCGCUCACUCUCAUUCUUGUAUGUAGAUCUACUCCCUCUAUUCAUGAUCAUGCUGCCAGAACAUUUGACAUUGAUAAAUUGCAA